AGGGAAAAAAGGAAAAGAAAAAUGCUUUAGCUGUCUUUAUGAGAAAGUGGUAUCUAACCCUACCAACCUGGGUAGGCAAUGCAUGCCGUCCAAAUACCAGACCAAAACAAACGCCAAUACCAGCUGCGGCCGAUAUGAAUUCAAGUUGCAACAGUCCUCACCAGGACUAGAAAUAUUCGAAGCAACGCUGUCUGUUGCUGUCCAACGCUUGCAUGUUAGGAUGCAAUGCAUCUCUUGGUCAAAGCUUUGGAUGUCGCUGUGUGUAAAUAAACGAUAUGCCUGUACGCCCCCCCUGCAACGAAAAAUACCCUCCGUGCCGUGUAAACGCCAUGUCUGUGAAGCCUGGGAACGAGGGAAUCAGAACAAAAAAAAAAGGAAAAGGAACAAGGAAAAGAAAGAAAUGGACAUGGACAGCAAAAGAGGAGAGGAAGAGAAAACCGCAGAGCUGAACUGGAGACCAUCUGUCAGCCUGAUCAUACAACGGGCGACCCCGUCAGCACCCGUCAUAACAACAACUCUGCCUUCUGUGAGGUCGCCUUCCAUGAUUUUCUGCUUGCUCAAAUAUCUCUCGAAAGACUUGCUGUCUUCGGCGGAGUCUUUACGAUGCGCACGUAGUUGCGUGUCCGUCAGCUGAUCCCGCUGUAGCACCCCGCAGCCGGAGGUUGGUCGGC